AUGUCAAGUAUGAAAAAAUGUAGAACGCGAACUGUUCCUGCUGUUCCAAUGGGCUACGCACUUACCAAAAAAAGAAAGGUGGACCGGAAUUAUGUCCCGAAUUACUGUCAAGGUGGCAUGGAGGAAAGAGGGUUUAGUAGAAAUUUCAACCCAAAUUUUAAAAUAUUGAAACCCAUGUAUAUAUUGCUUGUAGGCCUAUUAUCCUUUUCGUUACAGAGCAAUGCACAACCACCAGGGGAGUCCUCUUCUUCAUCCUGCCGUGAAAAACUGGAGAUACCGUUUAUUACUAUGAAGGAUACGGAUGCUGGUGUAUUAGGAGGGAGGAGUAAUCUGAACAAUCGAUGCUAUAAGGAACUGAGAAAACCUGAACAUGUAAAUCUUCAUGAAGGUCUAAGGGAUGAUAAUAUAAAGGUAAACAUAAAUAAUAAGAAGGGGAGUAUAGGAUGUAUUCAGGAAAAGGAAGAGGAGCUAAUGUGUCCAGAGGUAGGAAAAUUAGAGGAAAACCCUCAGGCAACAUUGAUGAAGAACAUUGAAGAUAUUUUAAAAAAUUUAGGAAAGUACGAACCUGAUUUGAAGGGAAAGAUAGAAGAGAUCAGGGAUACCUUGAACAACUUACAAUCCUCCUCCAAGCUAGGAGUACCGAAUAGCGCGCAGCAACCCAGUGAAUUGACUCAACCACGCCUCCCCUGUGGACAGUUGGAUAGUAUAGCUGCAGACACAGUUCCGGCUUGUGGCCCACGACCACCCCGCAAAGCGGGGAGAAAUGUAACACCAAGUUCGAUCACUUUCCCAAAUGAAGGAUCAGGACCAGAAGAAACCAUCCCCACAUCACGUGAAUCCCCACCAGUGGGAACUCCAACAUGCUCCCCCCGUGAGAAUAGAUCGGGGAAGGGGACAAGUGCUAAAGAUGCAAGUGUUAAGUUAGGGGAAUUAAUAGGAAAAUGGUCAAACUACAUGGAAAAAUCACAAAAUUUAGAAGGAAAUUGUGACAAUAUGAAGAUUAUGUUUGAGCAAUUUAUGGAUUACAUGCAGGAGAAGGAUGAAGAAUUAAGUGCGAUAUCAACGGAAACAAAAACAAAGGGUCCAGGAGUAAAGGAAGAAUAUGCAACUAUGUGCAAAUGUUUAGUACAGGGAUUACCAAUUACAUGUAAGAAAGAAAGUAAGGACAAGAAUGAUCAGGUACAAGGUGAUAACAGCAAAGAGUUGAUAUCAUGUACACAGUGUAUCAUGUUGAACGUAUCCAUAAAAAAUACAUUCUGUGGAGAACAUCAGAAGAAGGAGGAUGUUGAGUACGUCUUUAAAGCAAAGGAUAAUACUGAAAUGGAAAAAUAUGGGGGAAGGAAAUAUGAGUACACUAUAGAAGAUUGGAGAAAUAUUCAAUUCAAAUGGAGGGGAAUGGAGAAGGAAAUAACGAAUUGGUUAAGGGAAAAUAAAGAUAUUAUAAAGAAGGAGAAUGAUAGGAAAUCAAAUGUACGGCGUAAAUCGAAGAAUAAGGAGAAUAAGAAAGUACAGAUAGAGUGGAAUGUGGAGAAGAUGAAGCAGAUUCUGAAGCAUGAUUGGGGUAAAAUAAGGGAAAGUGUAGAUCAGAUAGUGAAAGAAGUGGAGAGACAUAUUCAGACCUCUAUUAUUCUUGCGUAUAAAUUUCUUAAAUCUAAACCGGAUAAAGGUCGGAAGGGACAAGUAGGAACUACCGGUGAGAAACAACUUAAUAGCUACAGGAUUACUGUUGAAAUUACUAUGUAUCCCAGUCCACACGUUGAGCAUAAUAACCAAGAUGACCAAACUGAACCGCAAAUAGAAAUCGCUGAACCCCUCUCUUCCCCUGCCACGCCAAUUCCUGAAGCCAAAGGAGGUAUUGGCAAUCCCCCUCGUAAUAGUGUUCACGCUGGCCCCACUAUUAUUCCUCGUGGUUCCGCAGAACAAAAUGGUGAUACUGUCUCAAGUUCUGGUGGAACCGGGGAGAAGGAUUCCAGAACUGCUGAUUCCAACAGUGGUAACAGUGCCCUUGGAAUGAAGGGUCCAGUCAUUCAGAAGGUGGUCAUAGAAUUUUCUGGUCCCAGGAGAGAUAGUCAAAGGGAUACUGAGUAUAUCGUGGUGGAUGACUGUUCUGAGAACCCUGCUCCUUCCGUUCAUACCAAAAAAUCUGCGCGAGGGGCCUUAAGCAGGAAAGAGCUGAGGAAACGACAAAUACGGAAGUUGCGUAAUAGGAUGAAACUAAUGCUCUAUAAGGUCCUACUGAAUAAAGGAUUCAUUAUCUUCAUACAAUUCGUGGCGUUCACACAACUAUUUCUAUGUAUAUCUAUUCCGGGGGGAAUUGUAUUUCCGAUAUGUAGUGGAUCAGAAAGCGCAGUAGCUAGUGUUCUUUUGGGAUCAGUUGCGAAAGCAACAGGGAAAUUAUGCAAGACGAAGUAG